AUGCCAACCCACACCAUCACCGUGCUGGGUGCAGGCAUCACAGGCCUCUCUACCGCAUUCCAUUUAGCACGUUUCCUUCCCGGAUCCUCACGCAUCACCCUUUUAGAACAAAGGAACACGAUAGGGGGUUGGAUCAAUUCCCAAAAAUCUCUUCUCCGGGCAGAUGCUUUAACCAAUACCGUGGGGAUUGAACAAAACGUUCUCCUGGAGACUGGCCCCAGGACACUGCGUCCCAACAACCUGGCCCUAUUAGAACUGGUCAACCUACUUGACCUAACAACUUCCUUACUCACGGUAUCUCAAUCUCAUCCUGCUUCUAAAGCGAGAUACAUCUCCUUCCCUCCGCUUACCCUCCUUCCUUCCUCCAUCCCCUCCGUUCUCCGCUCACGAUUCAGUACGAAUCCUGUCCUGCAGGCUCUUCUCCCUUCUGUUCUCUCGGAAUUAGGACGCCCACCAAAUAGACCCACAGGGAUCCGUGAUGAAUCCGUGCAUUCACUCGUAGAGCGUCGUUUUGGUGAAGAGUUUGCUAGGAAUUAUCUCAGUGCUAUUGUACAUGGUAUCUAUGCCGCAGAUGCACGUUCACUCUCUGUUCGUGCUACUUUCCCCUUUCUCUGGGAAGCUGAGACUCGCGGGAAUGGAAGCAUCCUGAAGGGGAUCCUGAAGAGCAUGUUCACUCCCAGGAAGGGCGUGAAGGCGGAAGAAGAUGAGGGAUUUGAGCUAGGAAGCGUUAAGGACACCAUGAAGAAUGUGAGUAUGUUUACGUUCAAGGAUGGCAUGAGGACAUUGCCCGGGGCGUUAGCGAACUGGCUCUCUACCCGGAGCAACGUGGAAAUAAGGACGUCCACAGGCGUGUCUUCCAUAAAACCAACAUUAACAGGCAUAGAACUCACCUUAUCUGACUCGUCAACAUUAACCGCAUCACACGUCAUCUCUGCACUCCCCCUACCCGUCUUGCACAAAGCUCUACAUCCCUCCCACCCUGUCCCACACUUAACUGCCAAUCCUUCCUCAACAGUUCUUGUAAUCAACCUCAUCUUCCCUCCCUCACCUACAGGAAAACCACACCACCCAGAUGGCUUCGGAUACCUCGUUCCUCGACCUCCAUCCGACUACGCCUCUUCCUUUCCUUUAUCGAAUUCGGGUCAUAUAGACAUCUCACCUUCCCUCUUAGGCGUCAUAUUUGAUUCAGCUAUGCCGUCCCCCCAUUCUCAUUCCCAUUCGCCUCCACCCUUUCUCCCACCUCUCUCUCAAACAUUGAACCAACCCCAAAACCUAACACGAUUCACGCUAAUGCUCGGAGGACCGCACCCCCUUCCACCCCAACUCCCCCCUCUCUCCUCCCUUCUUCAGCCCCUCCUCCAAUCUCUCUCGGCAACGCUUUCGAUAUCCUCUCUCCCCCUGCCUCUGCAUGCAAAUAUGACUCUUCAAAGAAAUUGCAUCCCCACGUAUGCACCCGGACACCUAGAUCGGAUGGCGGAAUUGAGGGAAAUCUUGCAGGAUAACAGAGGAGAAUGGAAGGGUAGGAUGUGGGUUAUUGGCAGCGGUGUUGGGGGUGUCAGUCUGGGUGAUUGUGUCAUGCAAGGGAGGAAGGCUGCAAAGGAGCUUUCAUUGUUGCUCGGGCAGAACAGUUGA